UUGCUGGUAAACGAGCUCCAGUCUCUCGUUACCGAGACUAAACGGAAGUACCCCGAUGUGAAAGAGGCGGCCGAGAGAGCCCUGUUAGUACUCAAGACGACGGAUGCAACUAACACCUCCAUAAUGUUCACAGAUGCGCGACAGGUGUUACUGUCUCCCGUUUUGGGAGGAUGUAAGACGAAGGUGGCAAAGAUCGUUGCAAUUUCUAUCGGAGCUCUGCAGCGACUCGUCAGUCUGCAGACCGUGGGAGGUGCCGCGGUUCCGGCCCUUUUGCAAACGUUACUCCUGGCGGUCAAUCAAGGGGUUGAGAUACAGCUUCGUGUCAUCCAGACUCUCUUACUUAUGAUGACAUAUUGUCCGGAUAUUCAUCAAGACGUUCUGGGAGAGCUGCUCGCCCUGUAUUUCAAGCUUCAGGACUCUAAAACUUCGGUGGUCUCGAGCACGGCCUCGGCUUCGCUACGUCAGGCUGUGGUCAUGGUUUUCGAAAGAGUUCACGACGAGAGACCAAGCGAUGUCUCGCAAGGAAUCGCCGUGACGCUACCCGAUGGCAACAAAGCGGAACUCAACCGAAACGAGUGGGAUGCCUAUUACCUCUUCGACGACUUAUGCACCCUGACCAACAGAUCAGUGAAUCAAAGCAGCAAGCUUAAAAUCGAAGGGCCACGCCUUUUGAAGAUAUCGUCAAUCACCGCCACUUUUGGUCUCGAGCUGAUCGAGAGUACUCUAAGUGGUUUUGCCAAUGGUUUCCGUAGCCAAACGGAGCUGAUCUCGCUCCUCCGAACCAAAUUAUCCCCGCUGCUGGAGUCUAUCCUCAUAGAACGAGCCGCUUUCCCUGUGAUGCUACGCGCCGUACGAGUAGUUUUUCUGCUCUUGCGGUACUUCUACGAGCAGAUACCUACACAAGCCAAGACAUUCUGGCGUAUGUUGAUCCGCGGAGCUUGCAACGAGGCGAAUCUUUCCGUCGGGCACGAUCACGCCGGUCGGAAGGUUCUCUCUGCGGCGCCACCGCUAUGGCUACGCGCUAUGCUAUUGGAGGUUUUGAAAGCACUAUGCCGCGAUACAUCACUACUGCACGCUGUUUGGCAAACCUUUGAUGAGGACGGAGAUGAUAAAUCAUCCAUCUAUGGCGAUCUGGUUUCUGCCAUACGCCAGAUCAUCUCGGAGAAACCCGGAGAGCUCGGAAUCGACGAGACGAUGCAGGGCCUUGGGAUCUCACACUUGGCGGUAGAUCACUCCGGUAGGCAAGGGGGAUAUCUCGAUAUGGGGUUGAACGCUGUCUCUUCCGCUGCGACGGCUGGGGUGUCCACGGUAUCGGCAAUGAUCGGUACAGAGGGUGAGGGAAGGCUUGACGCAACGUGCGGAGUCAAAGUACAAUGUAUCGAACAGCACGACAAGAUAGACCCUAAUCCUAUCCCGGAGCGGUAUCCUUACCUGCUUGCACUGGACAUGCUGGUCGAAAUUACGGACGGCCUGGCGGCCAACCUCUAUACGGAUCAAGGGUUACCCUCGAGCAAGACUACAAUCAAAGAUGGACAUCCCGUCGUUGACUUGUCGGAAACUCUACCUGACGAUGGAUCGCCGUCCCCAACAAAGCCGAUGCUCGCAAUCGCUUGGCCCGCGCUCUUGGCAAGUCUGUCAUUCGUGAUCACGACGAACAUCUCGGAUGAACUGUUUGAUCGAGUACUGAAGACCAUCAAGACUCUGAUCGCGGUCUCUGAUGGUUCGGGUCUCAUCACCUGUCGAGAUGCGUUUUUGAACACUCUCUCACGCUUUGCUGUCCCGGCAGCCGUUGUCAAAGCCUCGCAGGUCUACACGGAGAUGCCUGCCACACCGGGCUUGACAGGUAGCGAAGGUUUCAAGGCCGCUCCCAGCUCGACCUCGUCAUCAAAGGCCCCGGCCCUCUCGGAACGGAACUUGUCCUGCUUGACCGCUCUCAUUGAGGUGGUCCAUGAGCGUGGUGACACCUUGAAUAUGGCAUGGCACGACAUUCUUGAGACCAUUCAUAACGCCAAUUUCGUGCUAGGCAAACAAGCAGGCUCGAAACGGGUGGUCCGAUCCAUGCAAGACGGUCUGUCAGGCUCGCCACGUUUCAGUACCUCAUCGACACGUCCGAAUACCACCGCUCCUCAGCCUUCUCAAGCUUUGCUCGAAGCUGAACCGAGCAGUGUGCAAGGGAGCGUUUGUCUUCUUAUGACAACAACUAGUCGUCUAAGUGACUCUAGUUACUAUUACCUCGUGUCUGCAUUAUGCAAACUGAGCGGAGAGACCAUAGGACUUGACAAAUCGCAAGAGGGCGAUGGACAAGACGAUGUGAAAACGCCUGUAUCGCCGAGCAAGCGUCCAUCAGCUAUGGAAGGAGCACUGCGCCGUCGGACUAGCGGGCUGUCGGUCUCCCAGACUAUCAGGCAGGGAGAGAAAUCAUUCGCUCUGAUGAUGCUGGACGUAACGGCAUCUACCAAUGUGGAGCGAAUCAUGACGCAGUCGCCGCAAAAUGCUUGGGAUAUCAUCAUCACGCAUGUGAUCGACAUUGCCCAGUACACGCCAACGUCGGCUGUGAUUCGUAUGCAAGCGGCAGAAGUACUGGGUAACAUUCUCGGCUUGGCAACAACGAGCUUGGAAAUACUGGACGCUGUUCAGCAGUCAGUGGCGCAAUCACGCAUCUUCGAAGCGUUGAUCAGACAGGUCCGACCGCCCUCAAAUGGACAGCAGAAUGCGACCGAUCUGGAGAUCCGGACUCGCGGCCUAACGACGCUUUCCGCCAUCUUAGAGUCAUCUGGUCAUACUAUUGCCUCGGUCUGGCCGUCUGUCUUUCGCAUAGUCGAUAGCGUAUUCGAAAGCACACAGGCGGUCCUUGCUUCGGGCAGCAGUCAAGCCAGCAAAGCUCAGACCAACCUCAUACGUACCGCCUACCCAUCGCUCAAUUUGGCAUGCUCCGAUUACCUUUCGACCUUUGAUGCGAACAUCGCUCAACACUGUCUCGAUUCGCUUUGUAACUUCGCCGGACAGCAUUUUGACAUGAACAUAGCUCUGUCGUCAAUCGGAUCGAUCUGGAAUCUCAUGGACGCCUUUCAAAGUGGUCUGAUUGAAAUCUCGUCCUCGGAUCAAGAUCGACUAUGGUUGCGUAGUUUAAACGGCAUGCUGCGUCUGACGGCGAGCAGAAGGAGCGAGGUCCGAGCGAGCGCAGUUCAAACGAUGUUCCGCUCCCUGGAAACGCAUGGAGCGCAUUUGUCAAACGAAACUUGGGAAGCCGUAACGACGGGGGUGCUUUUGCCACUUUUAAGCGGAAUGCUCCCUUCACGAGAUGCAAGUUCGGAUACCGACAACGAGACUGAUCAAAUCGAUGAAGAACGUGAUCAGGCCGAAGACAUCGAUAACUCCCACGCGCUCGCCCUCAAAUCCGUUGGAACAAUUUAUGAGACGUACACUGCGCAAAUCUCAGCAGGUUCCAAUUUCGAGGUAAUGGUGGAAAAGGUGGCUGCAGUAACCACUCGAGCUUGUGUUCAUGGGGGACCCAAGACUUGCUCCGCUGCGUUACAACUCUGUCAAAAACUAGUCAAGGCUUACGUCGCAAACUUGAAAGAGACUCGUUUCGUGUCAAUCAUUUGGUCUGCCCUCGAAGGAGUCCGUGACAACCUGGAACAAGAUCAACUUGCUACUAUGGCCGGCCGGUAUAGCCUCACGCAAGACAACUUGUUGGAGUACAUGCGGCUCAUCGGAGUCGUGAUCGACGCGACGGGUGAGCACAUCGGGGAAUCUCAAACAGAAUUCCUUCUCCGAGCUAGUCGCUCUGCCGUCACAUAUACACGCAGUCCGACAUACCCGUUGGACGUCGAUGCUCCCUCGCCACUUCAACAAUCGGGUCUUGACCUUCUUGCUCGGCCGGAGCUAGACGGUCGAUGCUCGAUCGGGUCGGUCAUCUCAGUCCUAGCGGAGUAUAUUACCUUGGCCUUCGUUGGUGGCUUUGACUAUGUCGACACAUCGAUGCCUGGAGCCAAACGAUCAAUCACCAAGAAAGUCUCUUAUGUCGGUCUCGCCAAGGCGUCCAUGGCGUUGACUUCGACGUACCUGAAAGAACGUUCGCGAUUACUGGCAGCUGCGAUCAAGGAUGGAGCAAUAGAGCGACUCAUCGGCGCCUUGUCUUUGCCCAUCAAGCUCAGACUAGACUGCCCUUCAGCCAACAAAUUUGGGAAAGAUCCGGCCUUGUGGAGGACCGCUACGCUGGCUUUUGUCGAGGUGAUCAAGCAGACGAUCCCUUUGCUAGAGUCAACUUCCUCGGACCUCAUGGGUGAGAAGUGGGAUUCCCUUUGGCAGCAGAUUGCGGCAACCUUCCGGUCCAUCCUCUUGGUCGACGAUUCUUAUAUGAGCGAGAUGAACUGGGAAGAAGCCGAGCAGGAAGAGCUAUACGACAUCCCCGCGAUCGAUCUUCUCGAGUCUUCGGUCAUGCCGCUGUCAGGUCACUCGAACGUGGACAAUGUCAUCUUGGAACAGCUCGCAGACACGAUCUAUCAAGCGAGUAUACUGUACACUCCGUACAACGGAAUUACAUCACAGAAAGACGAGACCGAGCUCGGCCGGGAAACUUCCGUGACACCUUUGCCAAGAGAAGGGUUACGAUAUCGUUGCCUCGGGCUGUUGUUUUCGAGCGCUGGGAAAGAUAGCGGCGAUUCGAUAACCGAAGACAGGCGGAGACGGACCGCUGCGGCAGUACUACCGUUGCUUCUCAGUCGAUGCAAAUUCGUCCUGACGGGCUAUUUGGCAUCCGCAUCGCUGCGAGGGAGUUAUCCUUUUGAGCGGGUCAGGGAAGAAGAGCUGGCCUAUGUCCUCCAGCGGCUACUCGAUCUGCAAUUAUGGCCCGGAUCAUUCAACGCCAUGCAAGCGAGCGGUAAGCUCGAACCUUGUACGCUUGACACGCAAACGCCCGAAACGCAAACCAACGUCAUAGGCGAGGCUCUCCGGCAGUCAUCCCGGGCGCACCUGUUUCACCUGUACCCGAUCCUGCUUGAACUCGUCGCCUCGCCACUUCGACUUCCGGUCGUCUCGGUUCGGGACACGGACGUCCUAUGGCAGUCGAUGACCACAGAAAGGGACACCGCCAGCAACGUGACUGACGGGUCGAAGCGAAACGUAAUCGAUCUGGACGUGAGGAAAUUGGCACGGGCAUGUCUGGAUGUACUAGGCAAGGAGAUGGGUCUUUGA